AAGCAUUUAGUGUGCCCUUUCUCCUCUCUUUCUCUCUCAUUCCCAUUAUCAUUCUCAUUUCAUUGCUUUUUCUCUCUCCAUUUUCAUUAUCUUUGAUUGAAGCUUUUGUUUCGGGCUCACAUGCAUUCAUUCAUACAGGUAAUGGAAUAGCAUAUGAAUAAUGAUGUCAUCUCAAAGAAGAAGAAGCAUAUCUUAGUGAUUGGUGUGAGUGAGUGAGUGAGGUUCAUUUAUUGGGAUCAAUUGGAGCCCGUGAACCUGUUAUUGGAUACCUUCUUCUAAGCUCUUUUGCAUUCAACACUUCACCAAAAAAUUCGUGUCAGACUCAAAUCCCUCUCUUCUUAUUUAUGAGGAACAAAACCAGAUAUGGCUUUUGGAACGAGGAGAGGGUUUCGUCUAGGAAAUGAAUCAAUGGUGAAAUGGAUUGGGAAAUCUUUCUAAUCAACGGAACAAACUCCCCACACACAUUGAUUAUUGUGCAAAUGGGUUUCUGUUUAUAAUCGGUUUAUUGCCCAAUCUACAAGUUUUUGUUGUUGGAUUUCGGGGUUAAGGGAGUAUUGGGUUGGAAUUUUUUGGCUUCUUCUCCAAGUGGGUUUUGGUGUUUCGGAAGAUUUAAUUGAUUGAUUGAUUGAUUGAUUGGUUAAUCUCAAUUUUCUUUUUCUUCACAAAAAAGAAAAUGUUGGAAGCUGAGUUAUGCUCCUCUCAUAGAAUUUUAUCUCCAUUGAGAGAAGAAAGUGGAGAUGAAGAACUCUCAGUCCUACCAAGGCACACCAAAGUUAUUGUGACUGGAAAUAAUAGAACUAAGUCUGUUCUGGUGGGUCUUCAAGGUGUGGUGAAGAAGGCUGUUGGUUUAGGAGGAUGGCAUUGGCUGGUUCUGAAAAAUGGGGAUGAAGUGAAACUGCAAAGGAACGCAUUGAGUGUGUUAGAACAUCCUACUGGGAAUGAAGAAGGCGAUGAUCAUGAUUACGACAACUCUAGCACUAGCUCUGAGAUUAAUGACAAGGACAAUGAUUUCAGUAGCAGUAACGAAUUUCACAAACAGUUUAAGCCGAGAGUUAGGCAUGCUAAGUCGUCGGCACUGUCAACAUCAGCAAAAUCAAUACACCGCGGUUUGUACAAAGAAGUCCAGUCGAUCCACAAAUCUAGAUCGAUCAAAUCAUCGUAUUAUAAACAGAGCCUUAACAUGGCAAGAGUAGAAACAGACUCAUUGAGGAGAUAUUGCAGAUACUUCAAUCUUGCAAGUAACCAUUCCAAUCCAUCAAGGGAGCAGAUGAUCAAUGUUGUUCAACGACAUUUUAAUUCACAGCAGAAGCCACUGGAUGAUGUUCCGGUAAUCACUGAGUUUGUCCAAGCAGCAGCCAAGAGAAGAAGAGAAGCCAUGUUUGCUGAGAAGUACAGGAACCAAGAGUUUUAAGGGUGUUUGACACAAUGUAUUAUAUUAUUAUUAUUAUUAUUAUUAUUAUUAUUAUUUUAGUUGUUUAGUUUUUUUUUAGGGUUUUUUUUUAUAUAAUAUAAAUAGUAUAAGAAAAAAGAUUACAUAUCCAACUCUAACCUUUAGAUAAAUCCGACUUAUUUGGGAUGAGUUUGAGAUUUACCUGAUCAUCUUGACUCUCUCUCGCUCUCCCUUUAUUUUAUGUUCUAACCAUGUAGUAAUAUUAGUUUAUAUAUAUAAUAGGAUGGUUAAUUUAUUA